UUUCUCAAUGAAAAGGUACUGCAACAUCCCCACGCAAUUACCAUUUUUGAGGAUUUUGUCUAUUGGACCGACAGAUACAUCAACCGCGUGAUCCGGGCCAACAAGUGGCACGGACAGAACCAGACAGUGAUGCUGUAUAAUCUGCCCCAGCCCAUGGGUCUGGUGGCUCUUCAUCCUGCCCGACAGCCUGCAGGUUAUAACCCCUGUGACCCCCGUUCGAGCCCCUGCACUCAUAUCUGCCUCCUGUCAGCGAUCAGCCCCAGGUUCUAUUCCUGUGCCUGUCCGUCUGGAUGGACUCUCGCCGCUGACCAGUUCACAUGCGCUAGAGUUGAGGAUCCAUUCCUGGUGGUGGUGAGAGACAGCAUCAUUUACGGCAUCCCGCUCAACCCGAAUGAUAAGAGCAAUGACGCAAUGGUGCCAGUCGCCGGGCUGCUGAAUGGAUAUGACGUCGACUUUGAUGAUGCUGAGCAGAUGAUCUAUUGGGUGGAACAUCCGGGGGAGAUUCAUCGAGUAAAGUCAGAUGGUACCAACAGAACUGAGUUCGCGCCAGCAGCCAUCCUGGGUUCUCCAGUCGGACUGGCUCUGGACUGGAUGUCUCGGAACCUGUACUACUCCAACCCUGCAUCACAGUCUAUAGAGGUUCUCAGGCUAAAAGGAGAGAUUCAGUACAGAAAGACUCUCAUCACUAACAACGGCUCACCUACUGGUGCAGGAGCUCCCGUUGGCAUUGCGGUGGAUCCGGCACGUGGAAAGAUGUACUGGACAGAUCAGGGAACAGAGAGCGGGAUCCCGGCCAAGGUGGCAUCAGCAGAUAUGGACGGCUCCAACGCAGCCAUCCUCUUCACCCAUAAUCUGGAACAUGUGGAGUUCAUAACCAUAGACAUCAGAGAGAACAAGCUCUACUGGGCUGUUACAGGAACUGGCGUGAUCGAGCGCGGUGAUCCCGAUGGAUCAAACCGCAUCACUAUGGUGAAUGGACUGUCCCAUCCGUGGGGUGUGGCCGUAUACGACUCCUACCUGUAUUUCACAGAUCGAGACUUUGAGGUGAUUGAACGCGUCGACAAAGCCACAGGACUCAACCGGGUCGUAAUGCGGGAUAACGUGGCCGGUCUCAGAGUCCUCAAAGUGCACUACAGAGACUCCUCAGCAGGCUCGUCUAACGGCUGCAGUAAUAACGUGGGGACGUGUGAGCAGUUGUGUCUGCCUCGUCCCGGUGGCCUGUUCAGCUGCGCCUGUGCGACUGGGUUCAAACUCAGUGCUGAUAACAGAACCUGUUCUCCAUACCAAUCCUAUGUGGUGAUAUCUAUGCUCACUGCCAUCAAUGGCUUCAGUCUAGGGUUUCAUAAAGUCUCUGAUGCACUCACUUUCACUAAUGGUACAAGAGGCUGAAAAAGCAUAGAUAUCCAUCUAGUGCAUGUGUACAUAGACAAACAAAGUGUUUGGUCCUUAAUCUCUCAAAGCAACAUUAAGCGUCAGGGUUUCUCACAUUUUCUGCAUGUUUCUUGUCUUUGUCUUUCCACAGGAAGCCUCUAUUUCACCAAUGCCUUCUUGACCGAGACGUACAUUGAAGUGAUUCGACUCAAUACCACGUUCCGUCGUGUCCUUCUAAAGACCCAAGUAGACAUGCCUCGUCAUAUUGCGGUGGACCCCAUGAACAGAUACCUCUUCUGGGCCGACUACGGACAGACCCCCAAAAUCGAGCGAGCUUUUCUAGAUGGUUCCAACCGGACCGUGCUGGUUUCCUCAGGCAUCGUCACCCCCAGAGGCCUGGCUUUGGACCACAGAGAUGGAUACAUUUACUGGGUGGACGAUUCCCUGGACAUGAUCGCACGAGUCCGGCCCGACGGGGGUGAGAUGAAGGUCAUACGGUACGGGAGUCGCUAUCCGACUCCGUACGGCGUCACCGUGUUUGAGGGGAAUGUAAUCUGGGUGGACAGAAACCUGAAGAAAGUCUUCCAAGCGAGCAAACAGCCAGGUGCGACCGACCAGCCACUCGUGAUCCGAGACAACAUCAACAUGCUGCGGGACGUUACCAUCUUCGACCGGAGAAUGCAGCCAAGUUCGGCCCACGAGCUCAAUAACAACCCCUGCUUGGAGUCUAACGGCGGCUGCGCUCACUUCUGCUUCGCCAUCCGAGGAUCUCAGACGAGGAAGUGUUCGUGUGCCUUUGGGAAUCUAGCUGCGGAUAGCAGCAGUUGUGUGGUAUCCCGGGAUGACUACCUUAUCUAUACGACAGAAAGCACUGUACGAUCUCUGCGGCUGGAUCCAGAGGAUCAUUCGCUGCCCUUUCCCGUGGUUAACAUGCCCCGGACUUCGGUAGCCCUUGAUUUCGACCAGUUGGAUGGCAGGAUCUAUUUCACCCAGAGCUCGGGAGCGGGCCAUAGCAAGAUUAGCUUCAUUACUUUGGCUUCGCCUACCUCUUCUGUGACAGAGGUGGCCUCAGAUCUGGGAGCUCCUGAUGGCAUUGCCUAUGACUGGAUCAAUAAGAGGAUCUAUUACAGUGACUACAUUAACCAGAGCAUCAGCUCCAUGGCAGUGGAUGGGUCUCAGAGGACUGUUGUAGCACAGGUGCCCAGACCCAGAGCCAUCAUGCUGGAUCCAUGUAGAGGGUAUAUGUACUGGACCGACUGGGGAACCAAUGCAAAGAUAGAGCGUGCAACUCUGGGAGGAAACUUCAGGACAGAGAUCGUCAACACUAGUCUGGUUUGGCCAAAUGGUCUGACACUGGACUAUGACGAUCAAAGGCUGUAUUGGGCAGAUGCCAGCUUACAGAAGAUCGAGAGAUGCUCACUCACCGGUGCUAACCGUGAGGUCAUCGUAAGCACCGCCAUCUACCCGUUUGCAAUGACAGUGUAUGGUCAGCAUAUCUAUUGGACGGACUGGAACACACGCAGCAUCUACCGUGCAAACAAGCAUUACGGCUCCGACCAGAAGGUGAUGCUACAGAACCUUCCAUCACGGCCCAUGGACAUCCACGUGCUCUCCAACAGCAAACAGCAGCAGUGCAGCAGUCCCUGCGAACAAUUCAAUGGUGGAUGCAGCCAUAUUUGCACUCCAGGUCCUCAGGGAGCAGAGUGUCAGUGUCCCUCUGAGGGCCGCUGGUAUCUGGCCGAAAACAAACACUGUAUCCCUGACAAUGGCACACGCUGUCAGUUGGGCCAGUUCACUUGCAUGAAUGGCCGCUGCAUCCGUGCCCAGUGGAAAUGCGACAACGAUGAUGACUGUGGGGACGGCAGUGAUGAACUCGAGCGGGUCUGCGGAUCCAAGAGUCAUUUCGUUUUUGCAUUUCACACCUGCGAGCCCACUGUGUUCACAUGUGGAAAUGGCCGUUGUGUGCCAUACCACUACCGCUGCGAUCACUAUAAUGACUGCGGGGAUAACAGUGACGAGACGGGCUGCAUAUUCCGUCCCUGCGACCCCAACACUGAGUUCACCUGCAAUAACGGUCGCUGCAUUGCACGGGAAUACGUCUGCAACGGAAUAAACAAUUGCUACGACAAUGGGACCUCAGAUGAGCAGAACUGCGCUGAGAGGACAUGUCAGCCAGAGCACACCAAAUGCCAGACCACCAACAUCUGCAUCCCGCGCUCGUACCUGUGUGAUGGAGAUAAUGAUUGUGGUGACAACAGUGACGAGAGCCCAACGCAUUGUGCCACAUCUACUUGUUCCCAGAACGAGUUUCGCUGCUCGAGCGGACGCUGUAUUCCCGGACACUGGUACUGUGAUGGCGGUACAGACUGCAACGAUGGUUCCGAUGAGCCCGUUACCUGUACCACCACGGUGAGGACCUGCAACUCCGACCAGUUCCGCUGCGAUGAUGGAAGGUGCAUCGCCUCGUCCUGGAUCUGCGAUGGAGACAACGACUGCGGGGACAUGAGCGACGAGGAUGAGAGACACAACUGUGCAAACCGUACCUGUUCUCCUCAGGAGUUCACCUGUAUAAAUAACAGGCCUCCUCAGAGGAAGUGUAUCCCACGGGACUGGGUGUGUGACGGAGAUGCAGAUUGUUCGGACGCAUACGAUGAGCACCAGAACUGCACUCGCAGAUCCUGCUCUGCCAACGAAUUCACCUGUAACAACGGCCUCUGCAUCCGCAACUCCUACAGGUGUGACCGUCAUAAUGAUUGUGGAGACAGCAGUGAUGAGCAGGUCUGCACCUAUCAGCCAUGCCAACAGCAUCAGUUCACCUGUCAGAACGGCCGCUGCGUCUCUCAGGAUUUCGUCUGUGAUGGGGACAACGACUGCGGGGAUGAAUCUGACGAGCUGGAUCACCUGUGCAGGACUCCAGCACCCACUUGCCCUCCCGGAAACUUCCGGUGUGACAAUGGAAACUGCAUACCUCUCAGCGAGGUGUGUGACCGGAACGACGACUGCAACGACAACAGUGAUGAGAAAGGCUGUGGUAAGCACUGCAUCAUAAAUAACACCAUGGGCUCGUACGUGUGCAAGUGUGCGCCAGGCUUCCUCCGCGAACCCGACGGACGCAGCUGCAGGCAGAACAGCAACAUCAGCCCCUACCUGAUCUUCAGCAACCGCUACUAUCUGCGCAAUCUGUCGACGGACGGCGAGGCCUACUCACUCAUUCUGCAGGGCCUCACCAGCGUGGUGGCGCUGGACUUCGAUCGGGUGGACAGACGCUUGUACUGGAUCGACGUGAGCCGGAGGGUGUUGGAGCGGAUGUUCUUUAACGGGACGGGACGAGAGGUGGUGGUCAAUGGGAUUUUGCAUGGCGAGGGCCUGGCGGUGGACUGGGUUGGGAGGAAGCUGUACUGGGUCGACAGCUUUCUCGACUGCAUGAAGGUGUCGGAGCUGGACGGCCGGUUUGUGAGGAAGUUAGCAGAACACUGUGUGGAUGCUAAUAACACAUACUGCUUCGAGAAUCCCAGAGCCAUCGUUCUGCAUCCAAAGUUUGGAUAUGUGUACUGGACUGACUGGGGAGACAAAGCCUUCAUUGGACGUGUCGGGAUGGAUGGGAAUAACAAGUCGGCCAUCAUCAUUACUAAGAUCGAGUGGCCCAACGGUCUCACUAUUGACUAUACCAAUGACAAGCUGUACUGGUCUGAUGCUCACCUCAACUACAUCGAAUUCUCUGAUCUGGACGGGAAUCACAGGCACACGGUGUACGACGGUAUCUUGCCGCAUCCUUUCGCCAUCACGGUGUUCGAGGAAAGCGUGUACUGGACGGACUGGAACACGCGCACGGUGGAGAAGGGCAACAAAUACAAUGGCUCUGGACGGGAAGCGCUCGUCAACACCACCCACCGACCGUUCGACAUCCACGUGUGCCAUCCCUACCGCCAGCCCAUAGUGACGAAUCCCUGCGCGGUCAAUAACGGAGGCUGUUCUCACCUGUGUCUUCUGCGAGCCGGAGGUCAGGGUUUCACCUGCGAGUGUCCUGAUCACUUCCUUACCGUGCAGAUAGGGGGCGUCGCACGCUGCCUGCCCAUGUGCUCCAGCACACAGUACAGAUGUGCAGACAAUAUACGCUGUAUCCCUAUCUGGUGGAAGUGUGACGGUCAGCGGGACUGCAGAGACGGGUCGGAUGAACCCUCCACGUGUCCCGUCCGGCACUGCAGACUGGGCCAGUUCCAGUGUAAUGACGGAAACUGCUCCAGCCCACACUUCCUGUGUAACUCUAAUCAGGACUGUCCCGAUGGGUCUGACGAGGACACUGUGCUCUGUGCCACGCAUCAGUGUGAGUCUCAUCAGUGGCAGUGUGCCAAUAAGCGCUGCAUCUCUGAGGCCUGGCAGUGCGACGGGGAGAACGACUGCGGCGACGGAUCCGACGAGGAUCCCGCUCACUGCUCCAGCAGGACCUGCAGACCCGGACACUUCAAGUGCAGGAACGGCCGCUGCAUCCCGCAGAGCUGGAAGUGUGACGUGGACGAUGACUGUGGCGACAACUCCGACGAGCCCAUCGACGAAUGCAUGGGUCCGGCGUACAGAUGUGACAAUCACACAGAGUUUGACUGCAGGACAAACUACCGCUGUGUUCCUCUGUGGGCCGUGUGCAACGGACACAACGACUGCAGGGACAACAGCGACGAACAAAACUGUGAGGAGUUGACCUGUGAGCCGGCGGGUGAUUUCCGCUGUGAUAACCACCAGUGCAUCCCCCUGCGCUGGCGCUGCGAUGGAGACAAUGACUGCGGCGACGGAUCUGACGAACGCAACUGCACCCCUCGUCCGUGCACAGAGAGCGAGUACCGCUGUGACAACCUGCACUGCAUUCCUGACCGCUGGGUUUGUGACCAUGACAACGACUGCGAGGACAAUUCUGAUGAAAGAGACUGCGAGCUGCGGACCUGUCACCCGGGUUACUUCCAGUGCGGUACCGGCCACUGCAUCUCUGAGCGCUUUAAAUGUGACGGCAACGCUGACUGUCUCGACUUCACUGAUGAAAGCUCCUGUCCCACACGCUACCCGAACAGCACCUACUGUCCACCCUUCCUGUUUGAGUGCAAGAACCACGUGUGUGUGCAGCAGCACUGGAUAUGUGACGGAGAUAAUGACUGCGGGGAUAAUUCAGAUGAGGAACUGCAUCUCUGCUUGGACAUCUCAUGUGAUCCUCCGUUCCGUUUCCGCUGUGAUAACACCCGCUGCAUCUACAGUCACGAGCUCUGCGACUCUAUAGAUGACUGCGGUGAUGGAACCGACGAGAGGCCGGAGCAUUGUGUGACUCCCACACAUGGGCCCUGCUCUGCAGACGAGUAUAAAUGUGGGAACGGUCAGUGCAUUCCUCUGCAGUACGCCUGCGACGACUACGACGACUGUGAAGACCAGACUGAUGAACUCGGCUGCUACUACGGCCAUGGACGCACAUGCAGUGAGAAUCUGUGUGAGCAUAACUGCACAGAUUUGUCAACCGGAGGCUUCAUUUGUUCCUGUAGACCUGGAUAUAAACCCAACCCGGAGGACAAGAACAACUGCAAUGAUGUGAACGAGUGUGAGAUUUACGGGACGUGCCCGCAGCUGUGCAGGAACACUAAGGGCAGUUAUGAGUGUUUUUGCGCUGACGGGUUUCGAUCAGUGGGAGAGCAGCCGGGAGUCGAAUGCGCUGCUGAGGGAAAUCCUCCCGUCUUGUUAUUGCCUGAUAACGUGCGGAUCCGUCGCUUUAAUCUCUCGUCAGCGCAGUACUCUGAUUAUGUGGAUAAUGCAGAGCACAUUCAGGCACUGGACUACCUGUGGGAUCCAGAAGGCCUCGGCCUAAGUAUAGUGUUCUGGACAGUGUUGGGACGAGGCUCUGAGUUUGGUGCGAUUAAGAGGGCCUACAUGACCACGUUUGAUGACCAUGGAAAUAAUCCUGUGAAAGAGGUGGACCUGAACCUCAGAUACAUCUCCAGUCCUGAUGGCAUCGCUGUGGACUGGAUCGGAGGCCAUAUUUACUGGACAGAUGCUGGGACUAAUAGAAUCGAAGUGUCGAAACUGGAUGGACGUUACAGAAAGUGGCUGAUUCACAGUGAUCUUGAUCAGCCAGCCGCUAUUGUGGUCAAUCCUGGUCUAGGUAAGAUGUUCUGGACCGACUGGGGCAGAAAGCCCAAGAUUGAGAUGGCGUGGAUGGAUGGGCAGCACAGAGAGGUGCUGUUAGAUGAAGAUCUGGGCUGGCCUACUGGUUUAGCUUUGGACUACCUGAAUGAAAACCGCAUCUACUGGUGUGACUCAAAAGAAAACAUCAUUGAAUCGAUGAAAGCGGACGGAACAGACCGUCAAAUGAUCCUAUCAGGAGACAUCGGUCACCCCUACAGUGUGGAUGUGUUCGAGGGACACGUGUACUGGACGACUAAAGAGAAGGGAGAAGUGUGGAAAAAAGAUAAGUUCGGGAAAGGAGACAAGGUGAAGGUGUUGACCAUAAACCCCUGGCUGACUCAAGUACGCAUCUACCAGCAGCACCGACACAACCACUCAGUGCUGAACCCCUGUCAGGGUGUCUGCAGUCACCUGUGUUUGCUGCGGCCAGGUGGAUACACCUGUGCCUGUCCGCAGGGCUCCACAUUGCACGCAUUCAACAAGAAUGAAUGUGAUGCCGCCAUUGAGGCAGAGGUGUCCAUGCCACUUGCAUGCAGAUGCAUGAAUGGAGGAACAUGCUACACUGAUGAGGGAGGCCUGCCGAAGUGCAAGUGUCCAUACGGUUACUCGGGUAGUUACUGUGAAAUGGGGAAGUCUAGAGGUGCUCCUGCAGGAACAGCUGUGACCGUCCUGUUAGCAGUGGUUAUUAGUCUGAUUACUGGAGCUCUGGUUGUGGGAGUUUUCCUCAACUACAAGCGCACCGGCUCUCUCAUCCCGUCAAUGCCUAAACUACCCAGUCUGAGCAGCCUGGUGAAGUCGGCAGACACAGGAAAUGGAGUGGCGUUUCAUUCAGGUGACAAUGUCACGAUGGACCUGGAGCCUCAGACUCUGGGAGUGUCGUUCAUCGACAGGGCCAUGCAGCUGGAUGAGAAUUUUGCAGACUCUGGUAGGCAGCCAAUCACAUUUGAGAAUCCUCUGUACUCGACUGCAGCCGGCCCAUCCAGCGAUCCAGCAGUAAUACACGCUACUCAGGUCACUGUGAACGUCAGCGGUGACCAGGUGGAGAAUAACUUCUCAAACCCUACGUAUAAAGCUCAUGAACAGGCAGUGGAGGUGAAGAGCAGACCUGCAGAGCAAACAACCACACAGGAGUCCAAAUGGAGUUUCUUUAAAAGAAAACUGAAGCCAAGCACAACAUUUGAAAACCCUACAUAUUCAGAGAUGCAGGAUGAGCAGACGCAUGGAGCUGCAGACGCCAGCUCUUCAUCACAGCCGUCUCCUUUCGGUCCUCCUCUCAAACCCCUGAAACGAGAGAAACUGUGCGCCUAUUCACCGACAGAGGACACCUUUACAGACACGGCCAACCUGGUUAAAGAGGACAGUGAAAUAUGACCAUCACACACGGGAAAAUACAAAGAAAAACUCCCUUUGCACAGAAUCUAUUUUUAUAUGCAGCCUGCAUACGACAGAAAUCAAUUUAAGAUUAUUUUUGAAACAAAAAAAAAAGUAUAGAUGAAAUGUUUGUAUAGCCUACAGAAAAGAGACUUUGCCUUCUGAUACUUUGUAUGCCAAUUCAUGUUGUAUGAUUCUUUUUUUAUUAUUGUUGUGAUGUCAUAUUUGUAUAUCUUUGCACUAAUGCUGCUGAAGGAGAAUGUUAUGAAUAUUUUGUACAUUUGUAAAUUGAAAAGAUUUUGUUUGAUAAUAUCCUCUGGUCAGAUGUUAUUUUGAAAUAGAUUAUUACUUAUUCCUGGAGAUUCACACACACACACACAUAUGCCAACGAUACUGAGUAAAAGUGCUUUGAGAGCCAGCUGAGACUUUGCCAUUUGAUCUGAUUAUUCGUAAAGGAAUAGUUCACCCAAAAAUGACAAUUCACCGUCUGGACAUCCAAGAUGUAGAUAAGUU